GCCUAGGGCGGGCGGGGGACCGGUAUAAAGCAGCAGGCGCCUGUGUCCGCUCCACCUCGUGGGCAGCUCCGGCCUGAGUUUGUUCUGUCCCCUCCCCACCACAUCGCCACCACCAUGACACCGGACAUCCAGGCCCCUUUCCUCUCCCUGCUGCUGCUGUUCCCAGUGCUUACAGUUGCCGAUGUCACUACCCUGACAACCUCUGACCCCAUAAACCCCCGCAGAACUACACCAGUUUCCAGUACACAAAGCAGCCCAAUGUCCAGUCCCACUAAAGAAAUUUCUUGGAGCAUAACUACCACCUUACUCACAGCCAGCAGCCCUGCCCCAAGCCCGGCUGCCUCUCCAGGCCACGACGGAGCCUCGACUCCAACCAGCAGCCCUGCCCCAAGCCCGGCUGCCUCUCCAGGCCACGACGGAGCCUCGACUCCAACCAGCAGCCCUGCCCCAAGCCCGGCUGCCUCUCCAGGCCACGACGGAGCCUCGACUCCAACCAGCAGCCCUGCCCCAAGCCCGGCUGCCUCUCCAGGCCACGACGGAGCCUCGACUCCAACCAGCAGCCCUGCCCCAAGCCCGGCUGCCUCUCCAGGUCACAACAGUGCCCCAUCCCUGACCAGCAGCCCUGCCCCAAGCCCGGCUGCCUCUCCAGGUCACAACAGUGCCCCAUCCCUGACCAGCAGCCCUGCCCCAAGCCCGACUGCCUCUCCAGGUCAGCACGGUGCCUCAUCCCCAACCAGCAGUGACACCUUAUCCGUGACCACCAGCUCUGCGUCAAGCUCCAUGGUCACUUCAGCACACAGGGGCACCUCAUCCACGGCUACCAUGACCCCAGUCAGCAAGGGCACUCCAUCCUCAGUCCCCAGCUCCGAAACUGCUCCCACUGCUGCCAGCCACAUUACCAGGACAGCUGCCAACAGCCCUAGCAUAGCACUUUCCACCUCCUCCAAUCCUAAGACUUCUCAGCAGUUGUCUGUUAGGGUCUCCCUGUACUUCCUGUCUUUUCACAUUACAAACCUCCAGUUUAACUCUUCCCUGGAAAAUCCCCAAACCAGCUACUAUCAGGAGCUGCGGAGAAGCAUUUUGGAUUUGAUUUUGCAGAUUUAUAAACAGAGGGAUUUUCUGGGCCUCUCAGAGAUCAAGUUCAGGCCAGGAUCUGUGGUGGUAGAAUUAACUCUGGCCUUCCGAGAGGGUACCACGGCCGAGUGGGUGAAGGCACAGUUCAGUCAGCUUGAAGCACACGCAGCCAGUUAUAACCUGACCAUCAGCGGAGUUAGUGUGUACAAUGCCCCGUUUCCUUCCUCUGCCCAGGCUGGGUCUGGGGUGCCUGGUUGGGGCAUUGCCCUGCUGGUGCUGGUCUGUGUUCUGGUUGCGCUGGCCAUCAUCUAUCUCAUUGCCCUGGUUGUGUGUCAGUGCGGACAAAAGAAAUGUGAGCAGCUGGACGUCUUUCCAGCCCUAGAUGCCUACCAUCCUAUGAGCGAGUACUCCACCUACCACACCCAUGGGCGCUACGUGCCCCCUGGCAGUACCAAACGGAGCCCCUAUGAGGAGGUUUCUGCAGACAAUGGUGGCAGCAACCUCUCUUAUACAAACCUGGCAGCCACUUCCGCCAACUUGUAGGGACACGUUGUCUUCUGAGAGUCCAGCCAGUACUGGCUGCCUCCCUGGAAUUCUUCACUUCUGGGGACCCCUGCCCCCAACUCUGUUCUGGGCUAGUGAGCUGGGCAUUCAGGUGGGCUGCUCACAGCCUCCCUCACAGGACCUACCAAGUCCCCUAAACCAUCUUAGCCUUGGUGAAGCCCACCUGAGCCCCUGGGGACAGGCCAGAGGCAGCGGAAUGCUGGAAUACUGGCUGGAAUGCUUAGAAAGGGGAGUGGGAACAUGAACAUGGCUGAAUAAAAUGCGGACCUCCUCCACGCCCA